AUGGAGUCAAACCAUAUGAACGCCAACUACGACAACUAUACAGAAGUGGCUUAUCAUAGUGUUUCAGAAUACUCCCCCGCUAGGACAGCCUCCGAAAACAAUCCACAUUCCGUGUCCUCAUUUGAGUCGCAGUUAGAUCUUUCCCCUGAGAGCUAUAUCAACUCAAUCAACGAUGAGAUUUAUGCAGCCCAAAUAAAUCUGAUAAUGGACCAGACACACAUGAAUAACUCCGGCGCAGGCUCCUCGAGACAAAAGAUAGACUCAUCCCAAACAAACAAUUUAGAUAGUGUGGAAAAUUCUGUAACUCAGCCCGUUCCCAAAAGCAAAAGAGCUUGUGAUUCGUGCAGUAUUAGAAAGGUCAAAUGUGAUUUGAGAGUGCCCUGUAGCAGAUGCAUAACUCAUGGUUUGGAGUGUACAAAUAUUCGAGUAAAGAAAAAGUGUGGUCCAAAGAAAAUCCAUGACAAGACAAGAGAUGCAAUAAAAAAAUUGGCUAUUACUAGUGCUUUGGAGAGUAACCAGUUUGUGCCCAUAAUUAGCUUGGAGACGCUUUUGCCUUGCCUCAAUGUUUACCAAGUUUGGUAUUACGGAAUUUGGCCAGUUAUAUCUGUGGCGGAGUUGAUUUCACGAGCAGUUGAACGGUCAGCUUAUGCAUUGAGUUGUGCUGUUUGUGCCACUAUCGCCAGCCAAGUGAGAUUUAUGACAAAUCAAAAACUCGUUCCCAAAAGUAUACUCGAUGUCGAUUUUGCAUCAGAAGCUAUCCGAGUGAAGAAAACUGAACCAACUUUGGAGUGCAUUUUGACAUCUUUCUUUCUCCACAUUGCAUUAGCUAACGCAGGGGCUGGUCCGACUCUGACUGCUUUAUGUUAUUUGCGUGAGGCGAUCACAUUAGCACAGAUCUUGGGACUUGACAGAGCCGAUACAUAUUCAAGGUCACCAGCAGAAACUCAUAGAAUGAGGAAGAUUUAUUACCUAUUAGUGGUCACUGAACGAUUUGUAUGUCUAGAACAGUCCAUGCCAGUGAUACUUGAGCCAACAGUGCCGUUCCCCUCUCUUGACGAUGAGGAGUAUUCCAUAUUGAUUGGUGGUUUUAGAGAGUUGGUUAAGAUAUUUGCAAUUCCAAACAAGUCUAUUUUUGAUCAAUUUAGAGCAAUUAAAAAUGAUGCACACUCUUUCCGUUUGAUAUCAACAGUGCAGAAUCAACUACAACAAAUUACGAUACUAGAUGCGGCUCCCGACAUUCAAAAGGCUAACAUUUUGUUGAGCAAAUAUUGGAUGAUGACAUUGACCUGGGAUGUUGCUAGUGCGAACAAUAUGAUCAACAACAUGGAAUUCUGUUUGUCAAAUGAGUUUCCAAUAACGAUUGCCAAAGAGUUUUGUGAAAGGACUGCCGGGUUACCUUUAGUCUCUUAUGAGUUCAACGGUCCCGGAGUUUGCGUUAAACUUGAGGUGAUUGCGCAGGCUCUAAUGAAAGCAGUAAACAUAACAAGAAAUUCAACCGGUUAUGAGUAUGUACGGCGGAUCUUUGAAUUGCUAUCAUUACUAAGAAAUGAAGUGCAGCUUCCCAUGAACCAGUUUCAAAUGCUAGAGGCUACGUUGAAUCAGAUGGAAUCGAUGUUGAGAUUCAAAGGGGACAAAGUGGGGUAUAUAACAGAUGUUGAAAAAGUCGAUGGUGUUAUCGGUCUGAAUGUGUAUGGGUGA